AUGCCUAGUUUAGAAGAACUUGCCUAUGUCAUCGACAAAAUUGGAAGGAUUUGCAAAAAAAAUUCUGAGCUCAAGAUUAUGACUCCCUGCGAUAUAUUGUUUGCAUUUGCACUGGUCUCAUUUCUUCCAAACUUGAAAGUGUUGAGUGUGAGGUGUACAGAGUUAUCUAAACCUGCUUUGGUUAUUCUCUUGGAGGGAUUAAAAAAGUUGAAAGUGCUCAACAUAUCACAUUGCAGAAUUACUGAAUACCUUCCUCCACCCGCACCAAUGAAAAUUCUGACCGAGCUUGAUGAAUUUAUUCUGGAAAAAGCGUCUAGGUUAGACAAAUUCUUAACCUGCAUGAGUGACUCGUGCAUCAUGUGUCAGCGCACUCGAAAUGAUGAAGGGUUCAUGACGUGGUAUAAGUAUGCAGACCUCUGGAAAUUGGAUGAGGUGAAGUCUUUUGCAAUUUGA